AUGAAAAAUUUUGUUAGUGGCCUCGGGUUGAAGACUAAACAACUGAUUGAUACAUCUCCUGGUGGCUUAUCUAACUUUACAACAGCCACUGGUAUCAAGAAGAUUAUAGAAGUCAUUGUUGCAAAUGAACAUUUAGAAUUGUAUGAUAUGAGUAUAAUGACUAAUCCAAGAGAACAUAAUAAUGUGAGUGUUGUGGUACUUAGAAGUGGUAAGUCGACUAAGAGCCCUGAAGACAAAUUAGGUGAAGAAGACCUUUUUAUGGAAGUGGACCUAGAAAUCAAAGAGAACCAGAAAACUUCUGAAGAAGACACACAAAAGAUGGUUGAUAAAGAAAAACCAAAAGAGCCAAAUCCAACCAUCAAACUCCCAUAUCCUUCAAGAAGUAAGAAGAAGGAUCAGCAUGAGAUUUUUUUGGAGAAGUUCUUAGAGAUAUUUAAGAGGCUUGAAAUCAAGAUCCAAUUCUAUGAGGCACUUAAGCAGAUGCCUAUUUAUGCCAAAAUCAUGAAAGAUAUCAUCUCCAAGAACUGCACAAUUGACACUGAACCUAUACUUUUGACUGAAACUUACAAUGCAAUUUUGCAGGGUAUGAAGAUCCUUGUAAAAAAGAAAGACAAUGGUUCAGUCACCAUUCCAUACAUUAUUAAAGAUAGAAAUUUUAAGAAGGAACUUAUUGAUUUGGGAGAAAGUGUGAGUCUUAUGCCUUUAUCCAUCUAUAGGAAGUUGGGGAAAGGUAUAGUUCAGGAUAUUAUGAUGACACUUCAGUUAGCUGAUCACUCGAUAAAAAGACCUUAUGGAAUAGUAGAAGAUGUUCUAGUAAAAAUUGAUAAGUUUGUGUUUCCUGUUGACUUUAUUAUUCUUGAGAUGCCUGAAGAUGAAGAGAUCCCUCCAAUUUUGGGGAAGACCUUUCCUAGAAACAGGGAGAUGCAUGAUAGACAUUGA